AACAAAGAGAAGUCUAUAUCAUUGAAAACAAUGGAGGAUGGUCAGGUACUUCUGUACUCGAAUUCUGUGAACGCCCAGGAACCCAAAAUUCCAUACCCUUGGCUGCUUUUCAACGACAAGGUUAAAGUGAAUUCAGUAUUUCUCCGGGAUUCAACUGUGGUAUCUGAUUCCGUGCUUCUCUUAUUUGGAGGAAAGAUUUCUAGAGGCAGCUUGGAUGGACACUUGAGAAUGUUGGGAGGAUACUUGGAGUUUUUCAUGAAACCUUCCUUGGCAGAUACAUAUCUAAGAUUGAAGACUAAGCUUGAAGAACUUAUUCAAAUGAAACUUUUGAAUUCCAAGCUGGAAAUAAAAAAUCACAAUGAGCUCCUGUCAACGCCUUCCAACAAUAAGAAACUUGUAGAAAAGGGUGCAGCGGCUCAAGCUCUACAAUGGUUGACAGGUGAUGAAACUUGGUCACCUCAGAAAGCUGUUGAUCAUAUGGCAAUGCUUUUAAAGAAGAGCAAAAAGAAACGUCAAGUCAAUGCUACUAAGUGGAGGGAUGAAUCACUGCUAUGUCAAGGACUUGCACUGAAUGAUGACUUGCAGCGACCACUAGCCAAACAUGAAUACAUCACCUCAGGAAUUUCUGCGAAAACAGAGAAACCGAAGCUCAGACCUGUUCAAGCACUGGAUGUUGUAUUUGGUACUAUUAUAGAUGUGAGGGAAUAG